CUGGAGGGUGGGUGGCUGGUAGACUUCCCCAAUCCCAGCCUAGGCGGGGGACUGGGUGCCCCUGGCCUCUACUACAGAACCUGGGGGCUGGGCAACAGGCAGGCAGGACAGGGCCUGGAGCCGGUCCAGGAAAGAGCUAAUGAUCAACCGGCUGCGGUGUCUGUGCAGCCGUGCUGGGCCUGCCUCUCCGUCACCGGCCCUCAGGCGCAGGGAGGAAGUAGGGCAGGAAGCAGGGGGCGGAGGCCGCUGUGCAGUCAGCCCGGCUGUGGGCGGCACCUGCCUGCUCCGUCCAGCUGGAGACAGCCCUGUGGGGCCAGCUAGCGCUGGGCCAGGAGUGGCCACCUGGUGCCUGCGUGCUUCGGUCCUGUGGGCCUGGGAGCUGCCCCCGAGGAGCACGCCGCAGGGGCAUGGUGGUGCCUCGCUCCUCCAGGUGAGCCAAGGAUGCUGUGAGCACCCUGGAUGGCCAUAAUUAUGUGACUGUCGACACCGUUGUGACAGCGAUGACAACUGUGUCCCGUGUCGGGCGCUGGGCCAGCAUUUUACGCAUGGAGACAUCACUCACUCUUCUAGCAACAUGAAUGAGGAUGGCCGCACAACACAGAAGAGGAAGGCAGGGCCCAGGAGUGCACGGGUGCGCCGGUUUCCCGUGCUGCCAAAGCGCAUGACAGAGCCCUCUUGGUCAUGUUCUCUCGCAGCUCUGGAGGUCGGAAUUCCGAACUCAAGGUGUCCCUCAGAAGGCUCCUGGGGCGGCUCCUCCCUGCCUCUUCCGGCUCCUUGUGGCUCCGGGUGCUCCUUGGCUGUGAUUACAUCAGUCCACUCUCCGCCCUGGUGGUCAUGUGGCCUCCUCUCCGGUUCCUCUGUGUGCCUCUGCGUCUUCUGUUUUACUCACAGGGACACCAGGCACUGGAUUUAGGGCCAUCCUCAUCUGGAACACCCUCAUCUUAAGUAAAGGUCACUUCAUCUGCACAGACCAUUUCCAAAUAAGGCCCCAUUCUGAGGUUCCCGUGGGCAUGAAUUUUGAAAGGAGAGUGUCACUCCAGGAUGCGAGGUGACAAGUCAACCCUCCAGAGGUGCUUGGUGGCAUAGGGCCAGGCAUGUGAGGUCUCCAUGGGUCAUGGAGAACCUCCCUGCUGUGAUCACUGAGGAGCCGACCCCCAUGGGGAGGGGUCCCGUGGGACCCUCAGGAGGGGGCAGCAGCCGGGACCGUGUCCGGAAGGUGGCCACGAGGCCCUCUGUGAGCUGGGAGAAAGCGGGGCCGGAGGAGGCCAAGGCGCCGGGGAGAGGCGACGAGGCUUCUGCCGCCCGUGUGGCUGGGCCGGCCGCUGGGACCCCUCCCUGGCAGAUGGGGGCUUAUCCCACAGACCUGACCCUGCAGCUGCUGGCUGUGCGGAGGAAGAGCGGGCUACAGGACCCUGGCCUACAGCAGACCCUCCGGGGCCAGCUCCGCCUGCUGGAGAAUGACAGCCAGGAGAUGGCCCGCAUGCUCGGGGAAUUAUCAGCCAGGCUGCUGUCGAUCCACAGUGACCAGGACCGGAUCGUGGUGACGUUUAAGACUUUUGAAGAAAUCUGGAAGUUUUCCACCUACCACGCUCUUGGCUUCACUCAUCACUGCCUGGCAAACCUGCUUAUGGACCAGGCCUUCUGGCUGCUCUCGCCCAGUGAGGAGGAGGAGACGGCCAUCCAAGUCCAUGUGGAUGAGAACGCCUUGAGGCUGACCCACGAGAGCCUCCUCGUCCAAGAAGGGCCCUUCUUUGUCCUGUGUCCUGACCACCAUGUGAGAGUGAUGACCGGUCCCCGGGAUGCAGGAAAUGGCCCCCAGGCCCUCAGGCAGGCUUUGGGGGCUCCCCAGGGAGAGGAGGCCCCGGAAGCAGACUCUUCACCACCGAGCCCCAGCGUGUCCUCCGAGGAGGUGGCAGUGGCAGCCGCCCUGGAGCCUUUGAUUCCGUUUCAUCAGUGGGCUCUCAGGGUCCCCCAGGACCCCAUCGAUGACGCCAUGGGUGGCCCUGGGACGCCCGACAGCCUGCUGAUGGCUGUGGGCCUGGCCUCGGCGUUGGCAGACUUCCAGGGCUCGGGGCCCGAAGAGAUGACCUUCCAAGGUGGCGACCUCAUCGAGAUCCUUGGGGCGCGGGUGCCCGGCCUGCCCUGGUGCGUGGGCCGACACGCAGCCUCGGGCCAGGUGGGGUUUGUGCGGAGCGGCCUCAUCAGCAUGCAGGGCCCCGUGUCCGAGAUGGAAAGUGCGAUUUUUCUCAAUGAGGAAGAAAAGUCAUUCUUCAGCAAGGGCCGGUUUUCUGAGGAGGAUGCCAGGCAGUUGCUGACGCGGAUGUCAGGCACUGAUGUCUGCAGCGUGUACAGCCUGGACUCAGUAGAGGAAGCUGAGACCAAGCAGCCGCAGGAACAAGAAAUACCUCUACCUUGCCUGGGCCUGGAGCCACAGGAGACCCUGCAGAAGGUGAAGAAUGUUCUGGAACAAUGCAAGACCUGCCCAGGCUGCCCCCAGGAGCCAGCAUCCUUGGGUCUCUGUGCGGCAUCCAGCAACGUGAGCUUGCAGGACCCCGAGGAGCCCUCCUUCUGCUUGGAAGCUGAGGAUGACUGGGAGGACCCAGAGGCCCUGAGCUCACUGCUGCUGUUCCUGAACACCCCCGGGUACAAGGCCAGCUUCCGUGGCCUGUACGACGUGGCGCUGCCAUGGCUGAGCAGUGUGUUCUGCAGCUUUAGCGAUGAGGAGGAGCUGACUGGGCGCCUGGCACUGGCCCGAGGGGCGGCUAAGAAAGCUGGCCUCCUCAUGGCCCUGGCCAGGCUCUGCUUCCUCCUGGGGCGGCUGUGCAGCAGGAGACUCAAGCUGUCCCAGGCCCGAGUGUACUUUGAGGAAGCACUGGGGGCCCUGGAGGGCAGUUUCGGGGACCUGUUCCUGGUGGUGGCUGUGUACGCCAACCUGGCCAGCAUUUACCGGAAGCAGAAGAACCGGGAGAAGUGUACACAGGUGGUUCCCAAAGCCAUGGCCCUGCUCCUGGGGAUGCCCAGCCACAUCUGCAGCACUGAGGCGGAGGGGGAGCUCCUGCAGCUGGCGCUGCGGCAGGCGGUGGGUGGCCAGAGCCUGCAGGCCGAGGCCCGGGCCUGCUUCCUGCUGGCCAGGCACCACGUGCACCUCAAGCAGCCCGAGGAGGCCCUGCCCUUCCUAGAGCGGCUGCUGCUUUUGCACAGGGACUCGGGAGCCCCAGAGGCUGCGUGGCUCUCAGACUGCUACCUACUCCUGGCUGACAUCUAUAGCCGCAAGUGCCUGCCUCACCUGGUGCUGAGCUGUGUCAAGGUGGCCUCAUUGAGGACACAGGACUCUCUGGCCGGCUCGCUGAGGAGCGUGAACCUGGUGCUCCAGAACGCCCUCCAGCCCCACAGCCUUCCCACCCAGACUUCCCACUACCUCAGGCGAGCGCUGGCCUCCCUAACCCCGGGCACAGGCCAGGCGCUGCGCGGCCUUCUCCACGCCAGCCUGGCCCAACUGUACAGCCAUCAUGGCUACCACGGCCCAGCCAUCACCUUCAUGACGCAGGCAGUGGAAGCCAGUGCUGUUGCCGGAGUCAGUGCCAUCGUGGACCGCCUGGUGGCCCUGGCCUGGCUGCACGUGCUUCAUGGGCAGAGCCCGGUGGCCCUGGACAUCCUGCAGUCUGUCCAGGAUGCAGUGGUGGCCAGCGAGGACCAGGAGGGUGUGAUUGCCAACAUGGUGGCUGUGGCUCUGAAGAGGACGGGCCGGACGAGGCAGGCAGCCGAGGGCUACUACCGUGCCCUACGGGCGGCUCGGGACCUGGGCCAGCGGAGGAACCAGGCAGUGGUGCUGGCCAACUUCGGGGCCCUGUGCCUGCACGCGGGUGCCAGCAGGCUGGCCCAGCACUACCUCCUGGAGGCCGUGCGGCUGUUCUCGAGACUGCCCUGCGGGGAGUGUGGCCGGGACUUCACCCACGUACUCCUGCAGCUGGGCCACCUCUGCACCCGCCAGGGCCCGGCCCAGCAGGGCAAGGGCUACUAUGAGUGGGCCCUUCUGGUCGCCGUAGAGAUGGGUCACGUGGAGAGCCAGCUGCAGGCCGUCCAGCGGCUAUGCUACUUCUACAGCGCUGUCAUGCCCAGCGAGGCCCAGUGUGUCAUCUACCAUGAGCUCCAGCUCUCCCUGGCCCGCAAGGUGGCUGACAAGGUGCUGGAGGGGCAGCUCCUGGAGACCAUCAGUCAGCUCUACCUGUCCCUGGGCACCGAGCGGGCCUACAAAUCCGCUCUAGACUACACCAAACGAAGUCUGGGGAUUUUCAUUGACCUCCAGAAGAAAGAGAAGGAGGCUCAUGCCUGGCUGCAAGCAGGGAAGAUCUAUUACAUCCUGCGGCAGAGCGAGCUGGUGGACCUGUACAUCCAGGUGGCACAGAAUGUGGCCCUGUACACAGGCGACCCCAACCUGGGGCUGGAGCUGUUUGAGGCAGCUGGAGACAUCUUCUUCAAUGGGGCCUGGGAGCGGGAGAAAGCCGUGUCCUUCUACCAGGACCGGGCCCUGCCCCUGGCAGUGACUACGGGCAACCGCAAGGCGGAGCUGCGGCUGUGCAACAAGCUGGUGGCACUGCUGGCCACGCUGGAAGAGCCCCAGGAGGGCUUGGAGUUUGCCCACAUGGCCCUAGCACUCAGCAUCACUCUGGGGGACCGGCUGAACGAGCGCGUGGCCUACCACCGGCUGGCUGCCCUGCACCACCGGCUGGGCCACAGCGAACUGGCGGAGCACUUCUACCUCAAGGCCCUGUCGCUCUGCAACUCGCCGCUGGAGUUCGACGAGGAGACCCUCUACUACGUGAAGGUGUACCUGGUGCUCGGUGACAUCAUCUUCUACGACCUGAAGGACCCGUUUGAUGCAGCUGGGUACUACCAGCUGGCACUGGCAGCCGCCAUGGACCUGGGCAACAAGAAGGCACAGCUGAAGAUCUACACGCGGCUGGCCACCAUCUACCACAACUUCCUCCUGGACCGCGAGAAGUCGCUCUUCUUCUACCAGAAGGCCAGGACCUUUGCCACAGAGCUCAACGUCCGCAGGGUCAACCUGCCUCCUCUGCCACUCUGCGGGUGGGCCCCCUGGUUGGCCCCCAGCCACCCUCGCUGAGGACAGCAUCCGAGGGAGUGGGUUUUGUGCAAGGAGGAUGGUCUCCUGCCUCUCCUGGUGUCUCCCGUGGCUCAUUUUCUGGGAAAUGGAGACAUGAAAGCAGGGUUCAAAUAGCAAUAAAUUUUUUUUUGCAAUAACA